GCCAUCUUGAACGGAGUCUCUCCGUCGGUGACGACAGCGUGCCGAGAACACUAGUCGUUGAAGUUUCUUCAUUCGAGGUCUUUGUCCGAUCAGGUGGACUCGACUUGCGCGCCUCAACAUGCCGAAUUACUUCCUGCGUCCGGAAAGUGCCCUGAAAAGGGCACAAGAAUUCAUCGACGUUGGGAAGGAAGCAUCUGCGCUCGAUGCGCUCUACGAAGUCAUCAAAUCACGAAAACACCGAACAUGGCAGAAGGUCCACGAGCCCAUCAUGACACUCUAUCUCAAACUCUGCGUCGAUCUAAAGAAGAGUCAUGUCGCCAAAGAAGGUUUGUUCCAGUACAGGAACAUCUGCCAACAAGUGAAUAUAGCCUCACUCGAACAGGUGGUGAAGGACUAUCUGGAAUUGGCUGAAUCAAAAACGAAGCAGGCUCGCGACAGCAGCGCCCAGGCCGUGAUCGAGAUCGACGAUCUCGAUCAGGUUCAAACUCCAGAGAGUCUCUUGAUGUCCGCAGUUUCUAGCGAAGGCAACCAGGAGCGAAGCGACCGAGUCAUGUUGACUCCGUGGGUGAAAUUCCUUUGGGAGUCUUAUCGCCAAUGUCUCGAGCUUCUCCGGAACAACUCUCGGGUCGAGCGACUCUAUCACGACAUCGCCCAGUCGGCGUUCCAAUUCUGUCUCAAGUACUCCCGGAAGACCGAAUUCCGCAAGCUAUGCGAUAACUUGCGUUCGCAUCUUCAGCUUAUCCAUCGCUAUCAGAGCAACGUGACCGCCGUCAACCUACAAUCGAGCGAGACUCAGCAGAUGCAUCUCGAAACGAGACUGACUCAGUUAGAUAUCGCAAUCAAAAUGGAACUCUGGCUGGAGGCCUACAAAGCCACCGAAGACAUCCACACGAUGAUGUGUCUCUCGAAGAAAAGCACUAAGCCUCAGUUGAUGGCGACCUAUUACCAGCGUUUGGCUCUGGUGUUCUUGAAAGCCGGGAACGGCUUGUUCCACGCGUCCGCUCUUUUCAAACAUUUCACUCUGGUGAAGGACCUGAAGAAAACGAUCACCCAGGAUGAACUCCGGAAGCUCGCCGCCCGCGUAAUCCUGGCAACAUUGUCGACCCCGUUGCCUCCAAAUCGGAUCGAGAUCGACAAUCUCGUUGAGACCGACGAAUCAAUAAUCGAGAAAAAUCCUCGGACGCUCGCCAACUUGUUGGGCCUCGCGAGCCCUCCAACACGCCAAGGACUAGUCAAAGAUCUCAUGCGGCUCGGCGUCGUUUCCUUGGCUCCCCCGGAAUUCCAACGCUUGUACGCGCUACUCGAAAGCGAAUUCGAUCCUUUGAAUCUAUGCGCCGGAGUCAGCGAGUGCUUUGACUUCAUCAAGGAGUGGUCGAAAGAAUUCGUAAUCGAUAAAGAUGGUUCGGACGAGCUCACCGUCUACCUCGGAGGACUGAAGUCGAUGAUGGUGUGUCGGCUGCUUCGGGAAAUCGCUCAAGUCUACGAAUCGAUUUCGAUCAAGAGAGUUCUGGAACUGUGCCCGAUGGUCGACUCUUUCGAGCUCGAAGCUGCCGUAGUGGACGCCGUUCGCCGGAACAGCCUCCAGGUCCGAAUCGAUCACAAGCGUCAGGCUCUUCAUUUCGGCUCUGAGCUGACGAUCUCGCAGCGAGAGGAGACGAUCGAGGGUCCUCAUCUCCAAGCGAUGCCCUCCGAUCUGAUCCGAACCCAGCUGGAAAAGCUCUAUCAAGUACUGCAUCAAAGCGUGAACAUCAUUCAGCCAGAGAAGAUCGCUCAAGAACGCGCACAGCUCCGCAAAGAAAUAUACAAGGUCUACUUGAUGGUCAGCAAAAAGGAGCAUCGCAAAAUCCUCGAGAGGCAAUCCAGGAUCGAGAAGAGGAAAGAAGAUCUAGAGAACAAGAGUCUCGCUCGGGAAGAAGAGGAGAGACGCGAGGAAGAAAAACGUCAACAGAAACUCAAAGAGGCCGAAGCGGCCCGUCUCGCGAAAGAAGCUCAAGAACGAGAGAUGAUAAGGCGACAGCGAGAAGAGGACGAGCGUCGUAGGAAACUCAUGCUGGAGAAAAUCGAACAACUGAAAAAGACUGAAUUUGGUGCCAAGAUUAUCGAGGGAAUGGAAGAUCACGUACUCGAGAAGAUGAACACCGAGGAGAUCCAACAGAUCCAACUGGAUCAUUGGACGAAGGAGCGAAAGGAACUCCAGCUUCGUCUGCAGAAACAAGAGCGUCUAGUCGAUCACAUGGAGCGAGCCAAACGGCUCGAAGAAAUACCUCUCCUGGAGAAAGAAUUCCUGCGUCAGGAGGAAGAACGCCGCAAACGAUGGGACGAGAUGGAGAAAGAACGCGUCGAGAAGGCAAUCCAAGAACGUCAAAUCGCCAUGGAGCACAAAAACCGGCUGAGCAGAAUGAUCGAAGAUAAAGAGAACUUCAUCAAGAAGUUGCAAGCCGAGCGCUACGAGGAGUACAAGAAGAAAAAAGAAGCAUUCGACAAAAUGUGGAAUGAAGAGAAGGCCCGACGCCUGAAACAACGGCGAGAGGAACGCAAGGAGGAGCGCCGUGAGGAGUGGAGACGGGAGAAAGAAGAAAAAGCUCGACUAGCAGAAGAAGCCGAACGCAAGCAGCGUGAGGAUGAGGCGCGAGCCGCCAGAGAAGCAGCGGAAGAGAAACGUAGGCAGAGAGAGAAGGAACUCUUGGACAAGCGUGAGGCCGAGAGGGAACGAGACCUGGCUGCCAUCAGAGAAAAAGAGAGGUCUUCGAAGCGCGAGCCCAUAGAUAUGUGGCGAAACCGUGGGAGCACGAAUGACGAUACGAAUAACAAUUUCGGCUCCCGGGGUCGAGUUCAGAGAGAUGAUGGCCCACCCACCCGGAAAAGCAUGGGUUUCGGGAGCUCGAGUAACACCGCUCCUUCGAAUGAGAGAUGGGAACGUGCCCCGCAAGCCAGCAGUGAUCGUGAUAAUCAAGACUCUGGAGACCGGAUUAAGAACCCGAGACAACAAUUUCCUUCUAGGGCGGCAGGAUCCGGAAGUGCAUCAUCGAACGACAAUAAUUGGCGUAAGAAAUAGUCAUGCUACAUUCGACUCUCGUUAACAUCCCGACGAUGUUCCGUUUGUUCCAUCGUUUGUUCCGAUGAAUAUAACGGCAACGAUAUGUCUUGGGAGGCGGCGGUCUCUUCGAGACCAGAAUGCGCCUUCCAGAACGAUCGGAAUUUUAGUGAACAAGAUGAGCUAUUUUGAUUACUUUAAUAAGAGCUGUCGAAUAAAUCGCAUGAGAUGCGCUUAUGCAUCUUGACACCU